UCUCUCUGUGUGUGUGUGUGUGUGUGUGUGUAUAGAUGCAAAAUGGAGAGUUGCGGCAAUGACCCUACAAGGCCGUGGAAGCUAGAGUUUCGCUCGUCGAAGAGGUUUGUGAUUUGGGUCGUUUCGGUUGGGGUUUUUACGGAUGUUUUUAUCUAUGGUAUGGUCGUGCCUAUUCUACCGGUUGUGCUGAAGACUCGUAUUGGGAUCCCGGAUGAACAGUUACAAAGAUGGAUGUCCAUCCUCCUCGCAGCAUUCGGCUGCGCCAUCUUCAUCGGCUCUCCAAUAUCCGGCUACUUCGCCGAUAAAGGCACAUCGCGCAAAUCCCCCUUCAUAAUCGGCCUGCUCUCCCUCGCCGGCUCAACAGUGAUGUUCUGGUUCGCCCGCACCAUUGCAUCCCUAGUCAUCGCGCGGGUCCUGCAGGGCUUAUCCGCUGCAGUGGUGUGGACGGUUGGACUUGCGCUUGUUGUUGAUACGGUGGGGAAGGAGCAGGUUGGGGGUGCUAUGGGGUGGGUUAGUAUGGGGAUGACGGUCGGGACUGUGUUUGGGCCAUUUAUGGGUGGGAUUUUGCUGUCUCGCGCGAGUUAUCAUGCUGUGUUUGCGGUUGCGAUUGCGUUGGUUGGGAUUGAUAUUCUGCUGAGAUUGGUGAUGAUUGAGCAGAGGAGUGCGAGGAAGUGGAUUCAACCACAGUUGGUGGCAGAGACGGACGCAUUAAUCGGUGCUGGUUCCGAGUAUGAAUCUUUUGGAGAUGAUGCACCAUCGCCAUCUGAGUCUUGCGAGGAUCUUAUCAGAGAUGGUGGUGAGCCUGUGAAUGCGAAAUCAUCACCGUUGCCGGGAAUGGUGCGGUUGAUGUGUUCGGGCAAUUUGCUUCUCGUUUUCGCAGCGACAGUCGUGAAUGCCAGUUUAUAUGCGUCUUUUGACUCGGUCCUUCCCCUCCAUAUCAUGAGAACAUUCGACUGGGGCCCGCUAGGUGUCGGUCUCUGCUUUCUUCCUCUAUUCACACCAUCUUUCCUUUCAGCCGUGAUAGGCGGUGCCGUCGACCGCUACGGCGCACGAACAAUCGCUGUCCUGGGCUUCCUUAUAAGCUUCCCCAUUUUCGUCCUCCUACGAAUUAUAACCACAAACAGCGCUCACGACAAAGUCUUCCUGGUAGUUUUCCUCUUCUUCGCCGGUCUUGCCAGUGUCCUGCAAAUGGUCUCUCUCAUGGUCGAAGUGCAUUACAUUGUCGAGAGCAUUGAAAGCGAGCACCCCGGUCUAUUUGGACAUCAGGGCGGUACAGCUCAAGCAUAUGGAUUGUAUAAUGUAGCCUGGUCGGGCGGACAAGUGCUAGGGCCAUUGCUUGCUGGUUUCCUGGUCGAAAAUAACGGAUGGCAGACGAUGGUUAGUGUGUUUGGGGUUAUGAGUGGGGUGACUGCUAUGGUUUUUCUGGGGGUGUAUGGGUGGAAGGGACUUGGGAGGUCGUAAAUUGCGCCAAUUCCAGGUUAGUGAUCUUCACAAGGCUUUCAUCUAGGCGAUAUUGCAGGCGAUUGGAAGUGAUAGUAUCCACCAACCGCGCGUAUGCGGAGGCUGGGUUUCAGAUUGCGACAGCGCUUGUCCUGCGACAUAUGUGAGGCACGAUCGGGAUCAGAUAAACUUAAUCGAGGGAGAAUAUAUGCUGCAAGGGGUUUUUCGGGGACAAAGGGUCUUGUCCUUUGUGUGGUUGGCGUGGCUGGGGUUGUGUGGGAAUAUAUACAGGGCCGAUGUCGAUAAAUAGUCGGGAGACUUUCGCAGGGCGGCUUUGAUAUAAUAGCCCGUUUAUAUCCCUACGGAAUACGAAUUAUGAGGCUAUGAUAUGAUGACAAUACUGCAGAAUGGAUACAAUACUACUGUCAGAUGACUCG